GAGAAGAAACAGCCUGGAGCUUGAAUAACCGGUUCAAGGUUACCGUGUUGACAGGCUCUCCAUAAGUUGCACAAGUUGAUCUUGAACUUCUGAUUCUGCUGCCUCAGCCUUCUAAGUAGCUGUGAUUAGAGUCCUGCACCACCACACCCAGCUGAGUAAUUUUUGAGAUUCGUUUUCUUCAUCUGCUUUUUAACAAGGAUAGAAGGACAAGGACAGAAUCACCAGCACUGGCUGAAGGUACCUUAACAUGGGGAAUCUUCUUAAAGUUUUGACAUGCACAGACCUUGAGCAGGGGCCAAAUUUUUUCCUUGAUUUUGAAAAUGCCCAGCCUACAGAGUCUGAGAAGGAAAUUUAUAACCAGGUGAAUGUAGUAUUGAAAGAUGCUGAAGGCAUCUUGGAGGAUUUACAGUCCUACAGAGGAGCUGGCCAUGAAAUACGAGAGGCAAUCCAACAUCCAGCAGAUGAAAAGUUGCAAGAGAAGGCCUGGGGUGCAGUUGUUCCGUUAGUAGGCAAACUAAAGAAAUUUUAUGAAUUUUCUCAGAGGUUAGAAGCUGCAUUAAGAGGCCUUCUGGGAGCCUUGACCAGUACCCCAUAUUCACCCACCCAGCAUCUAGAGCGAGAGCAGGCUCUUGCUAAACAGUUCGCAGAAAUUCUUCACUUCACCCUCCGCUUUGAUGAACUCAAGAUGACAAAUCCUGCCAUACAGAAUGAUUUCAGCUACUACAGAAGAACGUUGAGUCGAAUGAGGAUUAAUAAUGUGCCAGCAGAAGGAGAAAAUGAAGUGAAUAAUGAAUUAGCAAAUCGAAUGUCUUUAUUUUACGCUGAGGCAACCCCGAUGCUGAAAACCUUAAGUGACGCUACAACAAAGUUUGUAUCCGAGAAUAAAAACUUACCAAUAGAAAAUACCACUGACUGUUUAAGCACCAUGGCUAGUGUAUGCAGAGUCAUGCUGGAAACGCCGGAAUACAGAAGCAGAUUUACCAAUGAAGAGACAGUGUCAUUCUGCUUGCGGGUAAUGGUGGGAGUCAUAAUCCUGUACGACCACGUACAUCCAGUGGGAGCAUUUGCCAAAACAUCCAAGAUUGAUAUGAAAGGUUGUAUCAAAGUUCUUAAGGACCAGCCUCCUAAUAGCGUAGAAGGUCUUCUAAAUGCUCUCAGGUACACGACAAAACAUUUGAAUGACGAGACUACCUCCAAGCAGAUCAAAUCCAUGCUGCAAUAACAGCUCUGGAUUUCAGGAGUGAAAGGGCAACAAUGUAAAGCAAAGUGGUGUGGCAGGAAGAGCAGCCCUGAAAGUUGAUAGGGGCAUGAGCAGGAGAGGGACUUCCAAGAAGAGAACAGAAGGCCAUGAAUCACCAGUGGGGAGAAAACUGCUGUGUUUGUGCUUUAAGGUCUUGAACCCUAAAUCGUGAAAUCUAAAUUUAAGGAGAAGCUGCGUGAAGACUGCCUGAUCCAGCCAUGCCAGCAGCUCAGUGACAAGAGCACCUGAGGGAUGGCACACGUGUGCUGGUUGGCCACGGAGGGAGGAGAAUCCCUGAGCCUGCCCACGGCCUUCUCUGCUCCUAGUGCCAGGUCAUGGCAACCAGCCCUUACUGAUCAAAUUGUGCCACCUCGUGCCGCCUUCUCCCUGUGCUCCUGUUGCACACCGUGUCUCCAGCCGAGCUUGAUGGCAUGCUGUGCACAGCUUGUUUAUUCGUGUGGUGUUGCUUCCAUAACUGAUCUCACUGGAAACUGCAUCUGACUUCCUCUUUCUCCUACCUGUCUGAUGAACACCAACUGUCAACUUUCAGGGAUCAGUUUAUGUUACCUCUUUCAAGAAGUUUUCUGGAUAAUGUUGACCAUGCUUUCUGCAUAUCUAAGAGAAUUGUAAUAAGUUGACUUGUGUUUGGAACCUGUACAUGUGACCUUAUUUCUAGGUGACAUUCAGGAGCUGGAGGUGACAUUUGGGACUCAGGUGGACCAUAGAUCCAAUGACAGUUCCUUAGCAAAGAAAGGAAACCAUACAGAGCAGAAACCAUGGAGGAUGGCAGGCGAGGCAAGCACUGUGUCUACGAGCCAAGGAAGGCUAAUUGCUGGAGCCACAAGCAGAAGGGAGCGUCCUGAAGUCUUCCACAGAACACUCAGAACCAAUCUGACUGAUGUUUUGAGUUCUCACUUUUGUUCUCUAGGGUGUGAAAAGGUGAAUUUCUAUUGUUGCAAGCCAUCCAGUUUGUAGUAAGUUGUUACAGCAGCCCUUGGAAUUUCAUGCAAGUGUUUCAUACAACAUCUCUGCUAUUUAAAUGCACUUUUGGCUGUCUUUUCUGAUACUAUGAGAAGCAUAGUGUCAGGAUCUGAGAAGAUGGUAUUAGAACUUUACGGAAGAGCCAUGUCUUGAUAAUCCUUCAGUGUUCCAGGGAAGGAUCUUGCACAGAACCCAUGUCUGAAUAGGUGCCAAAUGAAUGGUUAAAGUGAGUACUAUAAAAAUAAUAAUUCAGCUGAAAUAAUGUAGUACUACCACUAUGGCCUAUUCAGGUAACAGGUCAUAUUCUGCAUGUUGAAGAGUAAGCAAAAGAAAAGUCUCAGCUCUAGCCCAGGAGUCAGCAAACUGGUCAGUGGGCCAGUCCAUCCACUGUCUUUUUGUACGUCCUGUGAGCUAAAAACAGUUUUAAAAGGAUUUAAAAAAAAAAUGUUUUUUAGAAGGUUGAAUAAGUAUUUUGUAGCAUGAGAUAAGUAUAUGAAAUUCAGAUUUCAAUGUUGAUAAAUAAAAUUUUAU